AGGGGCUAAGAAUUCAAGAAGCUUGUGUUAGAGCAGCUCGGCGCUCCUGCACAGCAGAGAGCGCUGGGAGCCGGAGGGGAGCGCAGCGAGUCCUGGCCCGUGGUCGUGCUGCAGUCCAGGGGGCUGGAUGGCAUGCUGGACCCAAGCUCAGCUCAGCGUCCGGGCCCAAUAACGGCUUUUCCAAGGGAGCAGCUUUCUGUCCUGGCCACACCGAGGUGCAUAGCGUAAUGUCCAUGUUGUUCUACACUCUGAUCACAGCUCUUUUGAUCGGCAUCCAGGCAGAACCCCAUCCCGAGAGCCAUGUCCCAGCAGGACACGCCAUCCCCCAAGCCCACUGGACUAAGCUUCAGCAUUCCCUCGACACAGCCCUCCGCAGAGCCCGCAGCGCCCCAGCGGGGGCAAUAGCUGCAAGGGUGGCAGGGCAGACCCGCAACAUCACUGUGGACCCCAAACUCUUUAAAAAGCGGCGACUGCGCUCACCCCGCGUGCUCUUCAGCACGCACCCCCCACCUGUGGCGGCAGAUACUCAGGAUCUGGACGUGGAGGCCGGCGGUGCCGCCUCCGCGAACAGGACUCACAGGAGCAAGCGGUCAUCGUCCCACCCUGUCUUCCACCGGGGGGAGUUCUCGGUGUGCGACAGCGUCAGCGUGUGGGUGGGGGACAAGACCACCGCCACGGACAUCAAGGGCAAGGAGGUGAUGGUGUUGGGAGAGGUGAACAUUAACAACAGUGUGUUCAAACAGUACUUUUUUGAGACCAAGUGCCGGGACCCCACGCCCGUGGACAGCGGGUGCAGGGGCAUUGACUCCAAGCACUGGAACUCAUAUUGUACCACGACCCACACCUUCGUCAAGGCGCUGACCAUGGACGGCAAGCAGGCUGCCUGGCGGUUUAUCCGGAUCGACACAGCCUGUGUGUGCGUGCUCAGCAGGAAGGCCGGGAGAAGAGCCUGACCUGCAGGACGGCCCCCACCCUCCCCGAGCUCCCCCUCCACACCCUCCUGGGCCCCUCCCUACCUCAACCUGUAAAUUAUUUUAAAUUAUAAGGACUGCAUGGUAAUUUAUAGUUUAUACAGUUUUAAAAAAUCAUUAUUUAUUAAAUUUUUGGAAGCAUCCCGUGUGCCGGCACUCCAGU